GGUGCCUGCACAAGUUUGCGAAACUUCUGGCGGCGGACACAGCUAUCUUCGGAAUGAUCUGUGCAAGGUGCCAUAUCAAUGCAUUAGGACUCGACGUCUACAUUGCCCAGCCUAUUUUUACGGCGGAAUUACUAAGCCAGGUUGGUCUGGGCUGCGAUUUAUGUUUAUGACGUCAUAAAACCAGGAGUCGCGAUUCGACAACAAAAAUUCUUGCGCAUUGAAAAUCGCAGACGAGAGCGGACUCCCAACAAGAUGGAGGCGCUUGCCGUGGAGGUGCGGAGAGAUGAUGGAGGAUAUUACAAGGCAUCUGUGAUCGAUGCCGGCCGAGGUGACACGGUCCGGGUGAAGUUCGACGACGGCCAGCUGGGCGAGGUGGAGGUGCCGCUGUCGGCGGCGCGGCUGCCGCCACCCUCGCCCGCAGACCCGCCGCCCGUCGCAGAGGGCGACGAGGUCGAGGUCUACUCGCGACUCAAGGAUGACGCGCCGUUCGGAUGGCUGCCGGCCAUCGUCAAGAUCGUGAAGGGCGACCGCUGCGUGGUCGAGUUCACCGGUCUUGGCGACACGCGGCGCACGGACAUCAUCGGUCAGGACGAGAUCCGGCCCAAGAACACGGCGCCGCCCAUCACCAACAGCACCUUCUACUCGUGCUACAUCCCCGUGCCCGACGAUCUCAUCGAGUAUGCACACCUGCAGAAUGCACACAAGGAGUUCCAGAAAGCCUGUGGUGCAGCGAUAUGCAAAUUCAUACCAGAAAAGAACAGCCUGUUCCUCAUGGGCCGGACGCCAGCAGUGAAGAACCGCGCCAGCAUUCUGUCUGAGAUGCACUUCCGCGGUCUGAAGCAGAAGGCGCUGCUUCUGUCGCGCACUCAGGAGGCGUCCAGACACCUGGAGACCACGAAGGCCCAGUCCCGCAACGUGUACACUGAGGAGUUCUCCGUAGUGGAGGACCUUAUGGGACUGGCGAUCGGCGCGCACGGCGCCAACAUCCAGCAGGCGCGCCGUCUGGAGGGCAUUACCAACAUCGAGCUCGAGGAGAAGACGUGCGUGUUCCGCAUCUACGGCGAGUCCGAGGAGGCCGUGAAAAAGGCGCGCAGCAUCCUCGAGUACAGCGAGGUGUCGAUCCAGGUGCCGCGCCUGCUGGUCGGAAAGGUGAUCGGCAAAAACGGCCGCAUUGUCCAGGAGAUCGUCGACAAGAGUGGCGUGGUGCGGAUCAAGAUUGAGGGCGAGAACGAGCCGAAUCCGACCACGCCCCGCGAGGAGGGUCUGGUACCGUUCGUAUUUGUCGGCACCAUGGAGUCGAUCGAGAUGGCGCGGGUGCUGCUCGAGUACCACCUGGCCCACCUGCACGAGGUCGAACUGCUGCGCCAGGAGAAGCUGGACAUUGACCAGCAGCUGCGUACCAUCUCUGGCCCGGCCGGCGGACCGCAGUAUCCGCCCCGUGGCCGCGGAGAGCGAAACUACAGCGGGGAGGACGGCGGCGGCGGCCGGGGCCGCGGCGGGCCGCCCUAUCGCGGCAGGGGGCGCGGCCGCGGCCGGGGAGGGUACGACAACCGAGACGGACGCGACGGAAAGGACUACAGGGACAACAGGGAGCCCAGAUACAACGGGCACGCCGAGGGCGAGCGGAACGGCGACGGCGGCGGCCGGCCGUCGGGCCGCGGCGACCGGCGCGGUCGUGGCGAGCCGCGUGGCGGCCGCAAGUAGCCGGCCCGUUCGGCUGCCACCUCCGACCUCCACGUGCGCGCCUCCGUCUGCCCCCGAGCCGGGUCGACCAGCGGACCCGGCGCCCGACCUACCCCGAUCAGGACGCCACCCGGACCCGACUGCUGCGACCGCCGCCGACACCGGACCGAGAGCCCACCACGCCCACCACCACUGACGUCAGAUGAUGAGGGAGAGAAACGUAGAGAGUGCGAGAGAGAGUUAGAGCGAAAGAGAGUUAGAGUGAGCGCGUUCUGUUCGCGCGUUGCGCGCCGCCAGCCUCCCUGCCCGCGUACUUAGCCACUCGGCGCGGGUCAGCCGGGCUGACGGUGAACCGACACACAGACACACACACAAAUACAGACAUACAGACAGAUACACAAAGUUACACAGACAUACACAGGCAGUAUUUGGGAAUCUGCUGACAACAUUACACACCUGUUGAAAGAAUAUGCAGGUAAUUCUCGAGCGUGGCUGUCGCUUCUGAUAUUCUACCCCCAAACGCCAGUUUUCUCACCCCAGCCGAUCGGCCCGUUUUGACUGCAAUCUCGUUCGGUAGGCCCGGCAGUUGAAUGCCGAUGUGACGUCCUACCCUGGUCCCGGGAGCGGAGAGAUGCUGCCGAUCGCUGGGGAUAUUUUGGCGAAUGUUUUUGUCUUAUACCCUAGAUCUCUCAGAAUCUCACUAGAAGUCUUAGCUCAUGUGGUGAAAAGUCCCUUUUUUCUAUUUGAUCGAGAAUGACCCCAUUUGAGCCCUUUUGUAGAUAGUAUCGCUCCCAAGCGAAUAUCGACGCCACAGUAAACCACACAGAGAUACAUUGACAUCAAUCAAUAUCCUACACAAACACUGACACGAAACACGGUACAGACGCGUACCUUGCACAUACCAAUAAUUGCGAUUCGUUUUCUCUGUUGUUUGAUUAGCGUUUCCUGCAUGUUGCUAGCGGUUUGUUGCGUUUCUGCGCACUGAUGGCCUGCGUUCCACCCGUUCCGGACAGCUGAUGGGUGGCGAGUUUCGGCCGUGAGAGGGCCGCCACCGGCCACCACUCGCCCCGACCUGACUUGACCUGACCUGAUCGGACCGCAGUCAGUCGCGUCGGAGAGAGAGAGCCGGACCGACUGACCGAGAGUGAAGAGAGAGAGGAGGAGAGUCCGCGGCGGCCGCGACGGCCCCGCUCCCGGACAGAGACCAAGACCGGAUCAUGUCAGCCAGCGGCGACCAUUGUGAUUCUGUUCAGUUCGCCUCAGUGUCCUUCGAUUUUCUAAUAAAAAUUGUAUAUUGUU